AUAUUUUUGAUUAAUUCUUAUCACUAGCAGAGCUGAGCUUGUUAAAGGCCAGAGUUCUUGACCAGGUCACAAUUGGACGAGCGUCCGAACAGCCGGUGGAGUGUAUUGAGGAAGUAAAGGAACGUUUGUGCUCUGGUUGGUGUUACCCAAGGCUCCAAAAUGCGCAAACGCGUCGGUGUACUUCCAGUCUUGGUCAUCCUCAUGUUGGUGGAAGUCUACUCGCGGAAUCACCACCGUCGUCCUUCCGUACACCCGAAGAACGCGGAAACCUCUAAUUGUCCGUUUAUAGAGGAGUUGCACAAUUACGAGCCACCAGAGAUUGCCGAGGGUGAAACCCCCCCACCAAAACCAGAUUUCUGCCCAGUCAUACCUAAGGAUUACUGUCGGUUCAAAACCAGUGAGCACGCGUACAAGAUUCAUUUUGAUGAAAAAACGAGAUGGCCGGACUCGGAAAAACUAUGUAAAGCAGAGAAUGCAACGUUGGUCGUGGUUGAGAAUGGAGCGCAAUACGAUAUUGUGAAUUUCAUGGGGAGACACUAUUUAGGCAGAGGCAAAAAGGUUUUCGAAUUCCAUAUGGGAUUCAAACGUGGAGACGACGAAAAUUCGUGGACAACGGUCCACGGCAAUAAAUUGCCGUUUGUCAAGUGGGCGGGUGGUGAGCCCAACAACGCUGCCGGUAAUGAAAAAUGUGGUGCUUUCCUAUCAGUUGAAAACAAAACUAAUGGUUUCAAUGACGUUCGUUGCUCGAAGCCUUAUUUUUCCAUGUGUGAAAUAAAAGUCCCCCGCGAAUGCGAAUAACAUUCCGCAGUACAAAUUGAACGGGUUCUUAUUACGUUGAUAAUACUUAAGUUUUAAUGUUCCAAAAAUUUUCUCAUAGACUCAUAAAUAAUCUGUGACAACAACUGUACAAUUAGUUGUACGAACAGUCUGGUUACUAGUGAUGAGGCACGGGCUGAGGACAUGUGUCCUAUCCCUUG